AUCGCCAAUAUGUCUGACGGCCGUGGUUUACUUUUCUGACCAAAAAUUUUUAGAAAAUUGGAAAUUUACAACGUUUGCGACGUUCUAAUACAUCUCUGUUCGCAUCGUAUGUAACUGCAGUCCGCUGAGUGAAUUACAGCGAGAAUGGUCAAAAAGAAGAGACAGAGUGACCCGGGGGAGAACGGAGACGAAUCCACGGAGUCGUGUGACGAGAACGUCAAGUCCGCAUGUCCUCACGUCGCCAAAGCUGUCGAUCUCACCAGGCUGAAGAAGGCACUGAAGGCCGGAGGGUUCGACAAGGAGUGUGCCGAGUGCAAAAAGGCAGGGAAGAAUGAGGUCUCUGACCCCGAUUUUGAAGAAGAUCUCAGUUUGUGGAUGUGCCUGCGUUGUGGCACGCAGCUCUGCGGCCGAACACGUAACAAGCACGCCCUCAACCACUUCAACACCCCCCACUCCGACUGCCAUGCCCUCACUGCCAACACUACUACCUGGGAGAUAUACUGCUACAAUUGCAACAAUGAAGUGACAGCUUCGAGUGCCAAGAAACUUCAUGAAUGCAUAGAAUAUCUUAAAAAGCAAGCUGUUGCUGGGGGCAACCCUAAGAAUGCUAGUUUACCACCAAUAGAAUUAUUUUAUGAUCAAGUUAAGAGCAAUGAUCUCCCUUCACCAACAGAUAAUGUAAUAAAAACUGAGUUAUCCUUAUCCAAGGGUAAAGACAAGGCAAUGGCAUUAAACCUGCCACGAGUCAGGGGGCUCUCCAACUUGGGGAACACUUGUUUCUUCAACUCUGUGAUGCAAUGCUUAGUCCAGACUCCUUAUCUUCUCCAAGUUCUUCAAGAGAUGGCGACGCCUGGAGAGAGGUUCACCUUGCCGGGUGGCAAGCUGAAACUUAAAGGAGACGGGGAUGAAGUUAAGGAGGUGGAUCUACCUCCAAUUACUGGACAGCUAGCUGAAUGGGGCUCCUUGACUAGAACUUUAGCUGAGACUUUAGCAGAAUUGCAAGCAGGCGAAGGCGGUGUGUACACUCCUCGGAAGCUGCUGUCGGCGCUGGUGAACAAGCUACCGCAGUUCGGUGGCGGAGACCAGCACGACGCACACGAGCUGCUCCGACAUCUGCUCGAGGCUGUCAGAUCGGAAGACCUCCGGCGCUACCAGUCGGUGAUACUGAGUAGCCUCGGCAUGAACUCGAAGGUGGACCCUGCCAAGGUAGACGGCGAGGUCAAGCAGAAGGUCAAGUUCUACGGACAACAGGCUUCAGAUACCAUGUUGAGGCCAGAACAGGUGUUCCGUGGCUUCCUGGUGUCGACGCUAGAGUGCCAGGAGUGCUUCCACCACUCCGACCGCUCGGAGUACUUCCUCGACCUCUCCCUCCCGGUGGCCGCCAGCCGCCCGCAGCCGCCCGCCGUCGUGCGAAGGAAAACUCCAAAUGAGGAAAAUAUGUACAAUACUCAAGAAGAGAACAAACCAUCGAAACAUCAACUGAAGAAGGAAAGGAUAGCUGCUAGGAAGGCUGCUCGUAAGAACAAAGGUAACUCCACUAAGGACGACGGAACCGACGCCAACGGUGCCAAGGAAGACGGUAAGUCCUCUUCAGAAUCUGACGCGGAUGUGGAAGAUAAUCUAGAGGACAUGCCGCGCCAGGCCGACACGCACACAGUGUCUGUUGGCACCCAGGCCAUCGCCCACACAGCCGCCAACUUCGCAGCAUACCACAUGGAAUCAGGCUACAACUCUGAAAAAGUCAUCAGUUCAGACUCAAUCAGAACCAGCCCUGUAGAUAUGGACAAGGAAAAGGCAGACAACACCCCCGAACACGCCGACAAAGAUAAAGUAGAAUUCGCAGACUCGUCCACCUCAACAACGGCGAUACCCCUCGAAUACAAACCCUUAAUUUCAUUAGAGAAUUUGUCCAAUCCCGAUUCGGGAGUAGCAAGUCCGGAAGCGACGAAACACAACUCCACGGAGACUGUCGACAACGUGGACUCACCGACGAACGGCAAAGAACUAGGCAGCCAUAGCUCGUUAUCUAGCGAGAUCAACCUAGAGUUAUCGAGUCCCCAACACAAUAAGUUAUCGCCAGUUAAGACAGAAUUCGAAAGGCCUAUCUCAAGGAUAUCCCAAUACAACGCUCCAGAGUACUCCAAUGAGGUUGUCUCUCGAGGCAUCAGCGUGCAAGGUUGCAGAAAUUUGCUCGAACACAGCGGGGAGAGUAGUUACGAGUCACUGCCAGAGAGCAAGCCACAGGAGAACGUGUUUAACGACCUCGGAAACCUCCCAGAUAUAGCGAACAAACUGGACGAGCUGAAGCUCAUCAUAAACGACGUCAAGAAUAAGAAGCCGUCGUACCCGUCGCCCGUGACGACCAACGACAGCCCCGUGGACCCGCCGCCCACGGUGCCCAGGCCGAAGGUCAACAACGUCGACCAGGACAAGAACGUUCUGAGGGAUUACCUCUCGUUCUCGCGGCAGAGUCCGCUGUCGCCGCGCUACGUGUGCGACGAGGACGAGUGCAGCAUCCAGUCCUGCCUCAGUCAGUUCACGGCGCUGGAACUCCUCACCGGGAACAACAAGGUCGGCUGUGAGACGUGCACGGAGAGGAUCAACGGCAAAGACGGGAAGACGGUGUACACUAACGCGACGAAACGCUUCCUCGUGUCGAGUCCGCCGGCGAUCCUCAUCCUGCACCUGAAGAGGUUCCAGAUUGGGCCGCGGUGCAUGUUCAGGAAGAUGUCGAAACACGUGGACUUCCCCACCGUGCUGGAUCUGGCGCCGUUCUGCGCGAUGGACAAGCUGAAGAAGCUGCCGAACGUGGCGCGCGGGCAGAACGAGCUGCUGUACUCGCUGUACGGCGUGGUGGAGCACUCGGGCGGCAUGCACGGCGGGCACUACGUGGCCUACGUGAAGGUGCGGCCCGGCGUGGCGGCGGCCGACCCGCGCUGGUGGUUCCUGCCCAAGAGCGCCAACGCAAGCCCCGCGACGCCAGCGCACGAGCCCGACCACGACGACGAGUCCGACCUCUCGGGCUACGAGUCCGGCGAGGGCCCCGCCCCCACGCCCAGCGUGCCCCCCGGCAAGUGGUACUACGUGUCCGACAGCAUGGUCUCCGAGGUCAGCGAGGAGAAGGUCUUACGGGCGCAGGCAUACCUCCUCUUCUACGAGAGGAUCCUAUAAAACCCCGGUCGGAAUGUUUUUAUGGAGUGGCAUUUAAGUGGAAGACUGACGCUUGUAAAGUCGGAUAUACGUAGGGAGGAUCGCAUGACGUUUUAAUGUUAUCGCUGUAAAUAGCUUCGGCUUCGUAAUUAUAAUUUUUAACUGGCGGUUGUGAGACCGCAUUUGUUCACGUGACUACUUAUGUUAUGUAACUUAUAUUUACUCGUUUAAACCUCUUUUCAUGAUUACUGUUUGUAAAAUAUAUCCGCAUCUGUCAAUUUUUGUUUUAUUUUUUCCUUUUUGCUAAAUCGCGAACAAAGUAUACGGUGUUUCACCAUUUUACCAUGAGUCAUUAAAAUCAUGUUGGUUUACAAUCAGUAAUCGUGUUUCAUAAUAUUGUAUUGUUGAACUUAGCCCCAUAUUAUUGUAUGCAAUAUUUUGCAAGCGUUAGCCUGGUAUUUAUCUUUAGCAUUGUUAUAAAUAAAAUAGAGUUCGAUUUCAUUCAGUCAUUCUUGGACGAAAGGCAUCCCGUCUUUAAAAAGCUUUACUAGUGCUACAAGUGAUAGGGGCUCUCUAGAUAUGGCUUAUCUACCAACAAUUUUAUAUCUUUGCGCAAUUAUACAUACAUAUACCAAAUGCUUUGCUCGCCUUCACCGUGCGAACAUAUAUUGCUGUUUCAUCUUUCUAAUGACAAGUUCUGAUGUGCUAUGUGAAAUGGGUAUAUUUUCGAACGUGCGUUGAAAGCGAGCUAUUCAAAAUAAAGCCAAAGUAAUUACGUAAAAACAAAAAAUAUAUAUACAUUGUUUGAGGUUUACGCGGUUAUUGUCAUAAUGAAAACACAUAAUACCUUCCGGUUCUUACUUUUUCCGGUUCGUUCUUCUUACUAUACCGGUUCCUACCGCGGUAAUUAGGGAUACCUGAUUUAAAAUAUGUAUAACUGUACAAGAUACAGGCUUAUUUGAUAAAGCUAAUUGGAAUUUACAGGCAUAUGUACAUUGGUCAUAUCUAUCAAUAUAACGUGCCAUAGUCCCAACUUUCAGCUUUAUUAUGUGAGCUAAAUGUGCUUUAAACCAUUGACCUCGUAUAUAAACAAAUAGACUCCCAAUCUCUGUAAAAAAUUGUCCUCGGCGUAUCUUAUCACUAAGCGACGGCGCCGGCGUGUCAAGAUUUAAUUUAGUCGUAGUGGGCGUAAUGACGACACUGUACAACCGAUAUUGCUCUUUAUUUUAACAGCCAUAACAUCUUAAUUUGAGCGAACGAACUUAUACGUAUUUACAUGAUUCGGACACGUUUUUAAAAAAACUUAGCGAAUGUGAGCCUAUUUCUUUAUACGAUGUCAUUGUUAAAAACACAGAUUUUCAGUAUUGUACCAAAUAUUCCAUUUUACCACAUCCAUCGUUCAUUAUUUAAAAGAUAUCAUUUCAAUAAGUUUAAAUGUGUCAUGCUGUAAAAUUUUAAUUUUUAGGGUCUGUUUCUUGCUGAUAAGUAUCUGCCAUAGCCUAUCCAGAGUUUAUCCGACUGAUACUACUUACUACUUUGUCUAGUCCCUUCCACAUGUUUUAGAUUUAAUACCAAUGUUCGCCACCGGCGCUUUUUUAUAGUCUGGGUAGGGACCGUGGUGUAUUGUUACUCUAUUUCGCCAUUGAGUAACUAGAUGCUAACCGUAUAAGCUUACAUAUGGAAAUGAGUCCCAUCUAGUGGCGGCGUGUCGUAUCAUUAUGAAUACUUUGACAGUUAGUACCAAUGCUGGCCACCGGCGCUGCGUUUAGCGACAACUUUCCUAGUACGGCGAGGGACCCUCUGUAUAAUCAUGAUCAUACACUUAUCCAACAGAUAGGCUAUCAGAGAGUUUAUCAGUAUGUAUUGCACAGUGAUCGGAUAUUCAGGAGCUAAUUUAGCUAAAGUUCAUAAAAUCCCACGAAAUGCAAUGGAAGUGGCUUCUUAAAACAUGGAUCGAGUGAAACAUUACGAGGGCGUAAAAUGUUAUAGGUUUCCAUAAGCUACCAGUUAUUGUCAAUCUCUGUUUUUGCGGGCUUUUUUCAGUGCUAUCCAUAUGAGGCAAGCGAACUUUAGGCUAAAAAAGCGCCCGAAUAUCUGAUUACGAGUGAUGAAUCAGGCCCCGUAUUAGGUAUUUAUUCGUUUUUUUGUCUUAUUUUAAUGUAUAGGUUCAAAUAUUAUAUUGGCGUUAAAUUAAGCCCUAUUUUAUGUAAUGUCCGUUUGAGAAUAAUGCAUCGAAUUUGCGUCAUUUUAAGUUUGAUAGUCGAUUUUAUCGUAUGCUAGUAUUUUGUAGUAGACGCGUUUUGAAAAUAUUACAGCAGAGAACUGUCAAGUUACUGGUUUCGUCCGCCAGGUGUAUUUUAUACGCAAAAGCGGCGCCACCAGCGCAUUAAAUUUAUUUUCAACAGUCCGUAUGUGUUUUAUAUAUUAUCUCUAUAAUAUUCAUAAGUCAUUUGCUACAAAAUAUUAGUCUCUAAAGUCGUCUAUAAUUUUCAAUAGUAUAUAGUCUUCCAUUAAAGUGUCAACAUUUACCAUUUAGUCUACAUACAACUAUUAUAUUGUAAUUAUUGUUUCUUGAAUGAAAUAUAACUUAUUUGAAUUGUAUCUUGUGGCGUUCCAUUUAGUUGAGGACUUUCCAGCUUACGUUUAAAAAUAACAUAGAUGACGUUGUUCAUUUUUUUUUGUUUUGGUUUUCCCCGAAGGGUAAGGCAAAGGGAACUAUGCCCAUACAGCCAUGUCUUACGUAUUUUUUUCUUGAUGAUUGAUGAAAUGAUGAAAGAUGAUGAUGAUGAUGAAACCUAAGCCCCCACCCUCGGAGUAGACUCCUACUCCGAACCCCAAACGAAUUAACUCAAAAGUUCGCAUAAACUUUCGAGUUAUGAAGCGGCUUCCUGCCACGAAGCGAAAAUAGGCAGAUACACUUUGUUUAUUGAAUACUCCUAUAUAAUAACACUCGCGAAUGUCUUCCGACUAACUUAAUGCGAUCAUUAACCACAAAACACCACUUCGUAUUAAUUAUUUAGAUUAUUCAAUGAAGAAAGCAACUGUCCCGUUCCCGUUUCCCGCCAAAAAGCCAUGACGUUGUUCAGUUUAGGAAGUUGUUAUAAACCAGCCUUUUUUUUGUUACUGUGUCCGCCCGACAUGCAAAGGGAACAUAGCCCAUACAGCCAGUAAACCAUAGCCUGAAAAUAAAUCGUAGAAAAAAAACUGGUUUCUAGCAGCCAAAUCUUCAUUUAGAGCGGGAACAGAGUUUAAUACUUCAAAGUCCAUAAAAAAGCAAAUACUUUAUGACCAAAGAGAAUAUCAACACUUUAUAGUUUUUUUUUUACUUUGAUCCGCUAGCCGUACUGACAGUUUUCUAAACUCAACAACGCCAUCUAUGUGAUAUUCAAAGAACUUCAUCUGGAAAGUCCCUCAUUGGUAUAACUUUUUAUCGCUUCGAAAAGCCAUAAGCUGCUUCUAAGAUUUUACUCACAAUACAACAUUGGUGCCUAUUCGAGCGGACACAAACUUAACCUAAUUUUAGUUUGACAGCUCGUAAAUUAGUGCCGUCCUUCACUAACACUACGUGCAAGAAAGAGAUGGAGCUAGUUAUAAUCCUGUCAAAUUAAGUUAGUGGUUGCCCGAAUCCACUCCACACACAUGUCAAUAAGUCUAUCCAUAUCAAAUACAUAUAAUAUACCGUUUAAACAAAGCUAAAUACACGUCAUUUAUUGAUGACUUAACUUGCCUAUUUGUGUAGUCAAGUUCUGUAGUCUAGAAGGUUACAUUUACCGCCUUAAUAAAAUUGACAGGUGGUGAACGUGUGUAUAGUAUUUGACAGCCAAGCUAAAAUGAAUCCAAUUAUCAAAGAAUACCAUUAUAUGUGGUGUUGUGUUGUCCUGUUUCAGGAAAUGUGUGAUACCUUUGUCGACCUUUGGACGCACUUAUAAGGACAUUCUCUAUGGACAAAUGUGGUUCCUGUACGUAUGGUUGUCUCUAUGACGACCGGUUGCCAUACAACCAUAAAGUUGAAGUUGAAUUCCAUUGAACUUUUGCUUGCCUGUCAAAUACUUAAGCACGUUCGCCGCUUGUUUAGUUUUUAUGUCAAAGCUGGGAAAGUCACAAUGAGGAUAAAAACUAGAAGGCAAAUAUAGGUGGCAGCACUGUUGAGUAUUCAAAAUUUUGACAGUUCUCCAUACUGUGCAGCUAAAAUUUAUGUUAAAUAACUAUAAAAUGUGGAGCAACGUGGAGUGUAUCCCAUUUGAAGGAUGAGUUACGCAAAAGAAAACAGCCGUCAAUUGGAAAAUGCCAGUUUUGAUUGAAAAUAAGUUUUUCCAAGUUUUCUUCUUCAGUUAAACGCUGCGCAAAGGGUUAUAGUGUAAAAAUAUAACCAAAACAAUAUGUUUAUUUACUCAAAUAUUAUGGGGAACUAUCAAAAUUUAAGAACACUCAACAGUAGCGACACCUGGUGGUAAAUGGGCAGUUUUUAUCCUCGUUCAAAUAGAGAAAAUCGUAUUUUUAUACUUUCUCUAGAGGAAGAAUGCGUUGCCUUUUGCCGUCAAGUUGGUAGACGUACUUCAAGAUUCUUUGCAGAACAAGUACUUUAAUAUUUUUGCCUUCGAAAUGAUCUCCGUAGCAUAAUACCACGGAUAGACAACAGUGCUACAGACUGUGGUAGAGGAUUUAUCGAAGUAAAUAACGUCUUAAGUAACAUACUAAAGCCAAUUAUCUUAUGAUAAAAUGCCUAUUUAUUAGAGAUACUUUGAUUCCUAUAAACGUUUGAUUUACAACAAAUAGUAGUUGCGUCAGUUGCAAGGUUUUCCGUAUGAUAUCAAUGCUAUGUUGCUGUCAUGGUAGUUUUACUAUAUCUAGUGAUAUGGUGCUAAUUCCUGCAGACGCCAUCUAAUUUUAUUUUAAGUUAUCCCUGUCAUUUUCUUAUCCACUGAAAAAGAAAGGGACGAGUAAUCGAGAGGCAUAAAAUUUAUGGAACACACGUAUAUUUGAAGCAGAAAUCUAAAACAACCGUCUAAAAAUGUACAUUGGCCUAUAACCCGACAGAGUUAAGUAGACAGCACGUCAAACGGAUUGCAUACCAGCAAGAUGCCUGUUUUAUUCGCGCGGGUUAUUCAUUCGUUUUAAAAUUAACUUGUUGACAAUCAUCCGUCCCUUUCCUUUUCAGCGGGUAAGAAAAAGAUGGGUAUAACUUAAAUAAAAUUCGGAGGUGUCUGCAGGAAUCGGGGCCAAUAACUUACUCAGUGUAAAGAAUCUUAAGGCUUACAAAAGAUACAAAGUAUCUAAUCGAAGUCGCUUAGCCAGUCGUCGAAGUAUUUAACAUAAUGGGCAUUAUAAAUAACGUCCACUUUAUAAGGCAGUUCCUGCGUUAUAGAACGCUAGCGUACAACAUUUAGAUUGGUGAAAUGCCGUUCCCGGAAAUGUUCCCACUUUGGGAAGGCGCAAACUCUAUGUAAAAAGAGUUUUAUUACGUAACCUUUAACGGAGUAAAAGAACAACUUAAAAAAGAAAAGAAGCUAAUGGUGCUAAUUCCUGUACACACCGUCUAAUUUAUUCUAAAGUUAUAUAUGUGUCAUUUUUUUAUCCGCCAAAAUCGGGACGGGUAAUCGACAAGCAUAAAAUUUAUGGAACACACAAAUCAAAACAACCAUGUAAACAUUUUACAUUGGACUAUAACCCGACAGAAUUAAAUUUGCAUACCAGCGAGAUACCUAUUUGAUUCGCCCGGGUCAUUCAUUCAUUUACUCAUUCUUCCUAAAAUUUACAGCUGUCAAUCAUCCGUCCCUUUCCUUUUGGGCGGAUAAGUAAAUGACAGAUAUAACUUAAAGUAAAAUUAGGAGUUGUCUGCAGAAAUCAGGACCAGUGUCCUAAUUAAGAGUUAUAACGGGAACAUUCACGGGGAACGGCAAAUCGCUUGAUUAUCAUCAACACUAUAUUUAUAUAGAUGUAAAUACGAUGUUUUAUACAAUUCUUAGAUUUUAGCCGGUCGUAGGACCGGCUUAGGGCCCCAACCAAUGUCGGAUUAGCAACGAAUGCCGCCAAAUAUAGAUUAAUUUGAUAGUUCACAUGUUUCGUUUUAUUAUUAAACAUUCGCGUUGUAUAAAGUAUGAAUUUACAUGUAAUAAAAUGUGGCUAAAUCAAGAGCAAAAAAAAAGGUAAUUUGUCCUCCAUGAAUUAAAUUAAACCCUUCUUUCAGCAGCCAGUGUUGUCACCGGCAUAAGUAAUUUAAAAUUAAAUAUAUUCUUCUACUUUUAUAAAUAUAGUCAGAAGUUGAAACAUUAGAAUUUCAAGUUAUAAACUUGAAUUUAUUGUUCUGUAACUUUAUCGAAACUGGUCUAGUAUUUGGCGGUCUAUCUAUUUGUGCUGUAAAUAUCCUAUUUUUAGUACGUUUUAGCUAUUGUCACAUAUUUAAGUUCCAAUUAAUUAUGUAUUCAUGUGAGUGCUCAAUUUCGUUAUGGCUUUAUUUGCGUGUGGCUUAUUUUAUUCAUCAAACAAGAAGCUCUGGCACUAGAUGGUUGGUUUGGUUGGUGAUACUAAACAUGAUAAGAAUGGCUUUAAUUGUGAUUUCAAAUCCAAAUAAUGAAUUUUAGCUGAAAUGCAUUUCAAAAUUUAUCGUAUUUUUUAUUGUACUUUUAAACAAAUUGGCAUAAGUUAUUUAUUAUUUUUUUCAAUAGAGCGGAAAGAGAUGUGAAAUAAAUCCAAUUUUUAAAUAUUUAAAGGUUUAUGUGGAUAAGAAAUAUGGGAAUGAGGUAUGGAUCAUGAUGGUCUUUGAAUAAUUGUUACGGUGGUGUUGACGGUAUUGUUAGAAUGUGAAGAGUCGACUAUUGUAUAUGUUUAGUCGUUCUAGUGUUACCAGCUUCGCGUUAUUUUUUUAAUGUUUGCAUUUGCCAGGACAAUGACCUCCUGUAGCCUAUGUUGAUUAUAUUGAUUUGAUAUUUUUUGUAUAUUGAACUCCACACUUUGCGUUAUAAACAGGUAUAUUAAAUGAAAUAUAGUUGUAAAACGUA